UCCGCCCGCUCACGGCCACCCCGGCUCCGGCGGCCUCGACGCGCAGGGGGCUGGAGGUGCGAGAGCGGCUCUCCGCCGGUCGGUCCCCGUGCGGCUCAGCCCCGGCCGCCGCGCCGCGGCCCGGAGCUGCGUCCCAGACCCCCUGUUCCCCUCCGGGCUGCUCCGAACGACGGUGCUCCGGCGCUCCAAACUCGGGCUGCCGGGGCAAGUGUCUUCAUGAACCCAGAGGAUGUCCGGGAAGCACUACAAGGGUCCUGAAGUCAGUUGUUGCAUCAAAUAUUUCAUUUUUGGCUUCAAUGUCAUAUUUUGGUUUUUGGGAAUAGCAUUUCUUGGAAUUGGACUGUGGGCCUGGAAUGAAAAAGGAGUUCUGUCCAACAUCUCUUCCAUCACCGAUCUCGGCGGCUUCGACCCGGUUUGGCUCUUCCUUGUGGUGGGAGGAGUGAUGUUCAUUUUGGGAUUCGCAGGCUGCAUUGGAGCGCUCCGGGAAAACACUUUCCUGCUCAAGUUCUUUUCUGUGUUCCUGGGAAUUAUUUUCUUCCUGGAGCUCACUGCUGGGGUUCUGGCAUUUGUCUUCAAAGACUGGAUCAAAGACCAGCUGUAUUUCUUUAUAAACAACAACAUCAGAGCGUACAGAGAUGACAUCGAUUUGCAGAACCUCAUAGACUUCACCCAGGAAUAUUGGCAGUGCUGUGGGGCUUUUGGAGCUGAUGAUUGGAACCUAAAUAUUUACUUCAAUUGCACAGAUUCCAAUGCAAGUCGAGAGCGAUGCGGUGUGCCUUUCUCCUGCUGUACUAAAGACCCCGCAGAAGAUGUCAUCAACACUCAGUGUGGCUAUGAUGCCAGGCAAAAACCAGAAGUGGACCAGCAGAUUGUAAUCUACACGAAAGGCUGUGUGCCCCAGUUUGAGAAGUGGCUGCAGGACAAUUUAACCAUCGUGGCUGGUAUCUUCAUAGGCAUUGCGUUGCUACAGAUCUUUGGGAUCUGCCUGGCCCAGAACCUGGUUAGUGACAUUGAAGCUGUCAGGGCCAGCUGGUAGGGCCCCGGCGACGCCGCUGCAGACACUGGACAGACCUGGCCCUCCUGCCCCCGCAGUGCGCCCACCCGAUCCGCGCCACGCGGACCCCGAUGACGGGCAUCCUGCAAUCCCGCCUGAUGGAGCUGCCACCAACUCGGUUUUUGGGGGGUGCAACUGGGACAUGCUGCUCGCUGACAGAAUUAAACCGAUAACCAGUAUGAAGGUCGUUGAGCCGUGAAUCUCUACUGUAGCCAUGAAUUUACGGAUGGUUGGAUACUUACCAAAAAAAGGAAAGAGGGAGGAGGGUGAGGGACCCAGAUGUACUUGAAUUUGUAGAACACACAGUCUUGUUCUCUGCUUCGAUAACUGGAGGGCUGGGCGAGGUAGUUUUGUUCUUCGUCACACCUUGAAGCGAAGCUUUCUGUUCUGUGGCCUAAAGAAGUGCAUCUUUCCUAAAACUGGACCCGUUACCGGGGAGGGCUGUGGUGUUUGGGGGCAUCCUUCACUGCACAUUUCAAAGAACUGCUAAUGACUGUCAUCCCAAGAAGAAGACAGCUUGUGUUUGGGGUUCAGAUUUUGUGACCACGUUGAACAAGUAAUGCAGGUGGGCAUGCGUGGUGUCUCCUGGAGUGUCCCUUGGAAGGGACGUCGUGUGUCCCAUGUGCCUGGAGUAAGGGCGGUGGAACACUCCAUGUGCUGAAUUUUAGCAGGACAGAUCAUUGUUCUAAGUAGGCCUGAGCUUUAUUUAUCAAUGACAUUCAAGGAGAAAAUGAGGUUAAUGAAGAGGUUAUUAGUUAACAUCCCUUACCCCAGCCCACCAGAUUAGUUGUUGGAUUCUUUGGAAACUCUGGAAUAUUCUGGGUUUUGUUUUGCUUUGCUUUUUGUUUUUGUUUUUGUCUCCCAAAAGUGAGAGCUAGGAUACAGUUUCUCUUAAAGUGUUUUAAUAUUCAGCUCGACUGUUAAGUUUUUGGUAUAAUGUCCCUGCAUGAUCUCUGAAGCUGAAUCCACCAGCUCCUUUUCCUGCCUUGUGUCCCACAAGCGUUUACAAACGUUACUUGGUCAGCAUUGACUUCCGGGCUCACAGCCUCGAGAGGUGUGGCGCGUCUUCCCUGGCUGUGACGGGACCAGGAAAUGCUGGCCGGACUCGACUGUCCCUUGACCACAUUGGCCUCCGGGGCCUCGUCCACAGCCCACAGCUUUCUCUUUGAAUGGAAUUGAACCUAAUUCCGAAACAGUGUUGACUCACAAUCAAAUAACUUUUAAUGGUCUUUUUCUUACCCUCUUCUGGUUUUACUUUGUGAUUAUUUAAAAACAAACAACAAACAAACAAACAAAAAAUACCAAAAGGCACGGCCCGAGCUCCUUCUGUUCUCCUGGUUGUAGACUAACCGUCAGGAUGGCAACAAAGCACAAAAUACGUAAGAGGGCGGGCAGUGACGGGGCAGGUGUUCUGUGACUCAAGGUGGGAAACCACUUCUAGGUGCUGCCGCUCACCCUUACCCCCACGGAGGUGGGGAGGGAUGAGUCCUGCCCCAGAUUUUAAUCCAACUGGUACCCACCAGGAUGUCACUCUCCGGGGGAGCAGACAUAGCCUGUGGAAUGGCGGGAAAACCACAGGUCCAUUUUACGGUGAUGACACUCUUGCCAGCACAAAACUGGGCAGCUAGCAUGCUUUGUGGAAAUUCAGCAAGGUUUUCUAUUUUAGCCCCGUGUUGCAUCGCUGUGGCUGAUGAACGUGUCAAUCUGCUCAGAGAAAGGACAGAAAUUCUUUGAAAACGGUCUCUAGAGCGUGGGUGUGUAUGGCUGCAUGUGUGUUUUUGUGUCUCUGUGUAGUUAGAGAUGUUCAUUCCAUAUUCUGGCUGUAAGAUGAUUUUGUGUCAUCUCUGCCCCCACACGGUUGUCAUUCUGUAAUGUCGUUCCAGCCCUGCAAUUGGCUCUCAUGUCUUUUUUAUUACCUCAUUCUCCAGUGAACUCCAUCCGACCAGUUGAUUCAGAAUCAGGCAGGAUUCCCUCCCUUUGGCACAUCCAGUGAAAGGCCAAACGGCAAGUCCACAUGCGUUCUAAAUUUUAAUUAAUCACCCUUUAUUUUUUACAUUUGAGAGUGGUUGUAAUUAAGGCUGUCAUUAAUAAACUGGUUCUACCUUAUGUGGA